AUGGCGGCACCCGCGACAAGACAAGAGGAGGUGAAUGACGAAGCACAGGAGAAGCUGCUGGUGCCCGUCCAUGACGAGGGUCUGGUCUCCAUCAAGUCCUCGAAGAAAGUUAAACUACCAGAAGAUGAGGAAGGAAAAGUCGGACGUUUCACGAUCGGUCCGGCGCCGGAGCGAGACUGGGAGAUGGUGCCGCCGGACGGCAAGUGGGGGUGGUGCGUGCUAGUGGGCGCGACGCUAGUAAAUAUCCUAAUACCGGGAACGAUCAAAUCGUUCGGAGUACUACUCGUCGAGUUCAACGAUGUGUUCCAGUCUAGUGCGUCUGCCUCUUCGGGUAUAGUAGCUCUGUGCUACUUUCUGUACAGUAGUUUGGGUCCACUAUCGUCAAUUUUAUCUGUGAAAUGGUCUUAUAGGACCGUUACACUAAUCGGAGGCAGCUUCGCCGCGUUAGGCAUGAUUUUCAGCAGUUGGGCGUUUUCAAUAGGAUAUUUGUAUUUUAGUUUUGGGGCUAUGGUGGGCACGGGCGCCGGUCUCGCCUUCCCCCCCACGGUGUACAUAGUGACGUCAUACUUUGUGAGGCUUCGGGGGCUGGCGAACGGGAUCUGCAUGUCGGGCUCCGCCUUCGGAAGCAUCAUCCUCCCACCAGUGCUGCGUUACCUGCUCGAAACAUAUGGCUACAAAGGAGCAGUUCUAAUACUCGGUGGAAUUAUGCUGAACGUUUGGGCUGCUGCUUUGCUGUUUCAGCCGGUGGAAGAGCACAUGGUGAAGAAGUUCAAAGAACCUGAGGAGGAUGAAGAGGGGCCGCAGGACGAUAUCCUAAUAGAAGAAGAAGAAGCCAUAGACAGUUUCAAUCUAACGCGGACGGACAAACAGAACGGUCAACCGGACUGCAUCAGCAAGGAGAACUCGGAAAAGAAUCUCUCGCACGUCCAGAUACACGCACCGCACGCGAACUCCACGCAAAACCUCCGCCACAACGUAUCGAAACGGAAGUUGUCGUACACGCGUCCCAUCACUAAACCGACCUUAAGUUCCGCGUCUAUGGCGCUAGAUGGCGUCCCGGACGGUAAACGGCUCGGCUCGACCGAAACGUUCAGCCGUCGUUUGAGCAGCACGAAACGCAACAUGUCCACAACCAGUUUUGCGUACGUGUCUACGCCGUUUCACGGCUCAACUCUGUCUGCCUUCGAUCAGCCGAACGAGUUCGCGUCGCAGUUCUCGUUGAAAUCCAUCACGGACAGCGUAGCCGAUGUUGCGUAUUGCUGCUUCUGUUGCAAGCAAAAGAAAAGAAAGGAGCCCAAUAAAUUCUUCGAUGUAUCGCUAUUGAGCGAUCCGACGUAUCUGGUUAUUUUGAUAUCUAGCAGCACGGUCGCUAUAUCCGUCACCAAUUUUAUUAUCCUCCUACCCUCAUACGCGCAAAAUAUCGGUUACGAUAAGGGGAAAGGAGCGCUGUUGCUCAGUACGGUGUCAGCGCUCGAUUUGGUCGGUCGUAUCGGCGGCUCAGCGUUGUGCGACUUGAAUAUAAUUCCGAAAACCUUCUAUUUCGUCGGCGGGCUGUUCUUCUCUGGUAUAAUUUUGGCGAUUAUACCGUUCCUACAGUCGUACACUACUUUGAGUAUUUUCUGCGCGAUGUUCGGUUUGACCUCCGGCGUCAACAACGGUGUUACCACUUUAGUCAUGGCUGAAGUUCUCGGCGUCGACAGACUCAUGUCCACGUACGGGAUCAGUCUUUUCGUCAACGGUCUGCUGCAGUUGAUCGGACCGCCGGUCUGCGGUCUAUGGUUUGAACACGACAAGAAUUUCGUCAAUAUGUUCGUCACGUUCGGUUUUAUUUUUAUAGCCGGUUCGUCUCUAUGGCUUUUUAUGCCGGUUAUUAAUAGACGUAAGAAGAAGCAGAUGGAGGCACAAAAGCUGGAGACAUUCAUAGAAGAAGAUACGAAUGAACUCAACCUAUCAAAUCCGAAACUGGUCUUCACUUCCGAGGAAGACGAAAAACAGCCGAACGGCUCACCGCCAGUCCACAAAACGAGAGAUAAAGAUGUCGCCCGCUCCGCUAGCACGACGCAAUUCCGCAAAGUCCCAUCAAAGGGCCUUCAGCACAUAUCCAGCAAGAUGUCCAACAAUUUGCCCAGCAAUCCGUCCCUGCUGGAGUCCGUUCCAGAAGGCAGAUCGAGAGUGAACUCGCAAGAAGCCUUCGGCAGAAAGCUGGUUCCGAAGACGCCGAAACGCAGUCCGUCUACCUCCAGUUUCCAGUACAUGUCCACUCCAUUCCACGGUUCUACGCUCUCCGCCUUCGAGAAGCCCAGCGAAUUCGCUUCGCAGUUCAGUCUAAAAUCGGUGACAGAGAGCCUAGCGCCGAUCACCUACUGUUGUGGCUGCAGAAAACGCAAGGACGAAGCAAAAGAACCGAGCAAAUACUUCGAUAUCAACCUCUUAAAGGAUCCCAUCUAUCUAGUUAUAUUAAUAUCGAAUUGUACUUGCGCCAUUUCGUAUACGAACUUCAUUAUCCUAGUUCCAUCUUACGCUAAGGAGUGCGGUUUCGACAAGACUCUUGGUGCGUAUUUAUUAUCUAUAAUUUCCGCGCUGGAUUUGGUCGGGAGGAUUGGCGGGUCCGCGCUCUCCGAUAUAGUGGCAACACCGAAGUGUUACUUCUUCAUAAGCGGCCUGUUACUCUCUGGUAUUAGCUUGUCUAUGAUACCUUUAGUCAGUACCUACUCAGCGAUUAGCGCUUUUUGUUGUGUUUUCGGUAUCGCGUCUGGAAUUAACGUGGGUGUCACAGCUUUGGUUAUGACAGAAAUGUUGGGUACGGAGAGACUAAUGUCCUCUUAUGGUAUUAGUCUGUUUGUCAACGGUCUAGUACAGUUAAUAGGUCCGCCGAUAUGUGGAGCGUGGUUCGAGUAUACGCAGUCGUAUAAAUCGUUAUUCGUUACUUUGGGUUUUAUAUUGAUUUUUGGCGCGUCUCUAUGGUCGUUAGUACCGAUAAUCCACAGACGGAGGAAGCGGUUAGAAAAUAACAAAGCGUAG